AUGCCCAUUCCUUGGGAUCUCAGCUCUUCGCCUCCGGCGGCGGAAGAGUCUACAUACAAGCGCUCAGCGCCAUCUUCUAAGGCUCAACACCACAGUAGCGAUGCCGACGAGCUCGCGGAGACGAUUCCCUGCUCCCCUUUUCAGACACAAGCGACACAGAUCAUCAAGCGCAAUUCACAAGCCACGCAACCGACACAACCGUUAGCACUGCAGGACCCGUUCUCGUCUCCCUCGUCGCGAUCGGUGAUUGAGGUUCCUGCCUCCUCGCCCUUCCAAUCGAAGCCUCCGAAGCCGGCCGUAGUAUCGAGCUACUUCAAUCGCCUCGUGCCUGCUGGGGCCCGCUUUCAGUCUCCGGCGACAGCAAAGACCCUCAAGAGACCCGCCGAGGAGCCCGUCGUGGUUGAUGAUUCUUCAGACGAGGAGAGCGAUAGCAAGCGCAGGGGAGAUAUCAGCCGGACUUCCUUCAACAAGCACGUUUCGUCUUUUCAAUAUGUUCCGGUCGAUGAGCUCCAGGAUAAGAUCGAGCAGGUUGCCAACGUCGUGGGCCGUACCCUACCGACAUACUGCUUUAAGGAGGCAUUGGGUGCUUGUAACAACAGCGUUUCUGAUGCCAUUGAGUAUCUGCUUGAUGGCAAGCAUCUCAAGAGCAAGCACAACAGCUUUGUGAGCUCUACGAAGCCGAAUGUCCCAACCAAGUCCCGACUCCUCGGGCGUCACACGCCGAAUCUGCCUACUCCAUCACGGAGCACCACCCCUUCGCCACCGAAGCAGAAGCGACGUCGAUUGAUGCAAGGUCGCCGGCCUGGCAGAUCUCCUGUCUCGUCCCAACAGACCCCGCAGCGGCCGCGAGACGAUAAUGACGGCGUGGAUGAGCUUGCGGAAGACAGGGUUGACGAGCCGAUUGUCAUUCCCGACGAUGGAGAUGACGACGAUUUCGACAAUGAGGACGACAUGAACGAUGCGGUCAAGGGUAGCUUGGAGGAUAAGGCUCUUCAAGUUAUCAACACCAGCACGAUGGAGGACUUGUCCGCCAUGACGAACAUUAAGCAAGACGAGCUCAAGAUCAUUGAAAGCAAGAGACCUUUCGACAGCAUCGGCGAGGUCCAAGCCGUCACCCUCUCCAAGAAAGCAGGGGCCCGGGGUCGCAAGUCGCCCAAGGUUGCUGUCGGAGAGACUCUGGUGGAUGCCAUCAUGGAAUUCACACAGAGCGUCAACGCCAUUGAUGAGGUGGUUGCCGAGUGCGACAAGAAGGCCAGCCGGGUGAAGCAGGAGAUGAGCUCGUGGGACCUUGAUUUCAAAGGACAGAAGCGCAGCACUCAAACUAGUGGCGAUCUGCCUCCGACGCCGUCGAGCUUUCGGGGACAGAAAUUUUCGGACCCUCCGAUUCCUUCCCAACCAAAGUACAUGGACGGACACUGCACUAUGCGACCUUUCCAGUUGUUUGGACUCAAUUGGAUGUCGCUUUUGCACAAGAACGGCUAUGGAUGUAUUCUGGCUGACGAAAUGGGCCUUGGGAAGACGUGCCAGGUCAUCUCUUUGAUAUGUCAUCUCGUCGAGGACUUCGAAAAGAACGGCAAAGGAGAGAGACCGUGGCCCAAUUUGGUUGUUGUGCCGCCUUCCACCUUCUCCAACUGGAAAGUUGAGUUUGAACGCUUCGCACCGGACCUCUCGGUACUCUCCUACCAGGGCUCUCAGGCUCAACGGAGAGAGGCUGCGGACGAGAUGCUUGAAGAUCCUGAAGCGUACCACGUUGUCUUGACAACAUACACGCAAGUCGGGUCAGAGGAGGACCUGGAGGCUAUGCGCGAGCUCGCCCCGGCUACCGCCAUCUUUGACGAAGGCCACAAGAUGAAGAACCCCAAGACCAAGAUCUACAGGGAUUUGAUCAGGAUCAAGGCUGGGUGGCGAAUGCUGCUUACCGGCACGCCCGUCCAGAACAACUUGAUGGAGAUGCUGUCGCUGCUGAACUUCAUCGACCCAGAACAGUUCAAGAGCCGCAUGGAUCAGCUGCAGUAUAUGUUCAGCCAGAAGGUGACCAUCCGCGAUGUCAACAAUGGCGCCUUCCUCUAUGGUGAACGUGUGAGCCGCGCGCGCACGAUUCUUGAACCUUUCAUCCUGCAACGACGCAAGCAACAAGUCCUUUCCGACAUGCCGGCAAAGAUUUGCAAUGUCGCAUACUGCGAUUUGGCGCCAUCGCAAAAGGAGUUGUACGAGGAGUACGAACGCCUUUUCAAGUCGGGGCCAGUCAAGAAGAUAAAUGUCGGGCGUCAGAGCGAUCAGAACAACAGCUGGAUGCAGCUUCGUAAAGCUGCCAUUCAUCCCCAGCUUUUCCGCCGCUACUUUGAUGACAAGAAGGUCGAGAAGAUGGCGAAUAUCUUGAUGAAGAAAGUACCGCAAUCGGAACUGCAGCAACCCCGGAUUGAUCAUCUGAUUGGGGAGUUGCAGAACUGCUCUGACUUUGAGUUGCAUCUAUGGUGCCGCGACUACGAUUGCAUCAGCCAUCUUGACGUUCCCGAAGGUUCAUGGAUGGAGAGUGGCAAGGUCACCAAGAUGCUGGAGCUUAUACACCAGUACCGGGAAAACGGCGACCGCGUGCUCGUGUUCAGCAAGUUCGCCAAGGUUAUCGAGAUCUUGCGGGAGGUGCUCGCUACGGACGGCAUCCGGCAUUGUGUUCUCUAUGGCCAGACGGAGGUGGCUGAACGCCAGAGCUUGAUCGACGAGUUCAACAACGACACCGACAUCACCGCCUUCUUGCUCACCACCGGCGCAGGCGGCACGGGCAUCAACCUGACGUCGGCAAACAAGAUUAUCAUUUUUGACCAGUCAGACAACCCGCAAGACGACAUUCAGGCGGAGAACCGGGCUCAUCGUCUGGGCCAGACCCGUGACGUCGAAGUCAUUCGCCUCCUAACCUCUCGCACCAUAGAGGAGCUCAUUUACAAGGCUUGCCAGAAGAAGAUCGAGCUAGCCGAGAAGGUGACGGGUGCCGUGGACGAGGUCGCCGGCAAGGCGGCAGAGGAGAAUCUGGAGAAGGAGGUACGCAAGAUGAUGACAGAGCAGCUCACUCCGUCAUGA